AUAGUAAUAAAAAUUUUAUUACAUCAAUCUUAGUGAGUUAUAAAUAAUGCUAUUCUUUCAGCGAAGUCGAAAUUGUAAAAACAUUUUUUGUUCAAGAAUUUUCGUCAGUUUUAUAACGUAUAAUUUCAUAACAUUUUCUGAAACGGCAAAAAUUUAUUCUGAACAUAUUUAACUCUGUUUAAAAAUUAUUCAUAUUUAUUUAAAUAAUGAGUUUACAUUUGAAGUUACAGAACGGAGGAAAAACUUACAAUGAACAGAUUGAGUUUAAUGUAAGAAAUAUGAGGACUGAAGAAAUACCUCAAGUUAUGGAUAUUUAUAAAGAAACUGAGUGGCACACUGGGCAUGAUGGUAUCAAAAAAUGGCAUAAACUGGACCCGAAUGCAUUUAAAGUAGCCGUAACAGAUGAUGGACAAGUUCUUGGUGUUUGCUGUACUGUACGGCUUUAUGAAGAUCUGCAUUAUUUUGGAUUUUACGUCGUCAGGAAAAAAUUUAGAGGUAAAGGCAUCGGGACAAAAGUUUGGAAUGCAUGCAAAGAACACAUUGGAAAUAGAAAUGUUGGCACGAAUUCCGUACCUGAAAAAAUAGGUAUAUACCAAACAAGAGAACAAUUUGUGGUUCAUGAAGAAGAACUUCUUAUUCAAGAAAACGAUACCUUGGAUGAUAUAAUCAGUCCUGAUAAAUUGAUUGAUUCACUUCCUGAAGAUGUCAUACUUGAAACAUACCAAGAAGCUCAUCUACCCUCUAUGUAUCAAUACGACUUUAAAGUAUGUGGUUUUAAUCGAGAGUUGCUGUUGAAACUAAACUGCGAAGAGAUAGAAACCAAAACUAUUGUGGCAUUUAAAAAUGAAGAAUGCGUUGGUUUCGGUACAAUAAAACGAAGUUGUCAGGACAUUCCAUUAGUUAGUCCAUUAUAUGCUGAUGACCCAAAUGUUGCUGAGGCAAUGUUAAAACAGUUAAUGUUGUCCUAUCCCCUGAAGAAAGGAUUUUAUAUGGCUACGCUGUUUCACAACAAGGAGGCCAACGAUAUGAUAAAAAAGAUUGGUUGCCCACCAACUUACAAACUGGCUCGCCUCUACAGAAGAAAAGUACCCGUUAUAUUUUCUCCGGAAAAAGUGUAUGGAGUAUUUGAUGUCAACUUAUCUCCUUUGUAAUCUUAUCGGUCAAAAAGAUGUAUAGAUGAUGAAAAUAUAUUUUUAUGUUCUGAUUCUGGAAAUAAUUUUAAUGAUAUGACUAUCUACUGGAGAUGCAUAAAUUAGAAAACAAAGUAAUCAACCAUUCUGAUCAGAAGCACCGAUUAUAAAAUGAGAUUACAGAACAUAUGAGCUCAUUCUUACAUUAUAAUUUUAAUUAUUAACUUAAUAACCCAAAUCUAAUUCUGAAUGCAAUUUUAAAGGCAAUUUCAGAAAAAAGAUGCUGUUGUUAUUUCAGGUUAAUGCCUCAGUUUUAAUAUGUUUCAACUUAUUUUUGUUUAAUGAUUUUACUUGCAAUAAAUCAAAAGGGCCUUUUCCGCCAAGUGGCAUCGUUUUUCACAAACCACUCAGAAGCAUGAAUGUAGUUGAAUCGAAUCCCACUAUAACUCUGGAUGCAUAUUUAAGCGGUUUUCCUUAAGAGUUUGCUGCCUACUUUUGAAAUUGAAUUGGUUUUCAAACCAUUCCUUGUAUAUACAAAGAAACUUACAUUGGUAUGUGAAUAAAUAAAUAAAUCCCACUAUCCCAUAAAAUAUAUAUAAAACAGAUGUCGUAAAACUUAUUCUAUAUGAGUUAAUAUGUCUGUAAUAUACAUUUGAAAGCAUCCAUCAAACUCAUUUUUCGUAUGUUACGAUUUAUAAAUCUAUAAUAAUAAAAUUACAAGUUUGUCUGUA